UUGCAGUUUCCUCCUUCCACCCCCUCCAAACAAUGUCGGCUGCAGUAUCAGUCUGGAAAAAUGUGUGCUGUCGGCACGUUCAGGUCGUCUGGAGCGUUUCACCGCAAAUUUCCGCGUCCAUUAUAAUAAUGUUUUCUGUACUACCCACAGCAUUCUACAGUCUCAGCACAGUAUCAGCUUCUACAAUUUUAAAAUAAUACAACAUUAAUUACUGUACUGCCGGUAUCACUUGUUCAUUCUUCAGGUUUUAAUUGCUUUGUUAUCCUUUGUUGUUACUCAAAAUUCAACGACUUACACAUGGCCGCCCGCUCUAGAAAAUCCUCAUCCUCAUCGGAAUUCGAUCUAAUCGAGGAUGGUGAUGAAAGAAUAAUUAGGACUCGUCCGGUUUCAGAAUGCGACUCAACCGUGACGACUGCUUCUAUGAAGCAAGAAGCCUCAGACAACAGCUGGAAAGAAAAUAGUGAAGUUCCACAAGCCACCGAUGGAGCUACGGGAUUUGCGAAUGAUAAUAUGAAAAUCGAUACUUCCGUCACACCCACGAUGACCUUACUGGCUGAUCAAAUGGCGGAAAACAGCAUUCGCUUGUCCACGCAAACAUUGGUCGAAUUAGAUUCCAAAGUGGAGGGCGCUUACGCAACCGAAUCGGACCAAGAACUAAUGAACGCACUGCUGUCGCGAUCAGUAUGGGUUCUGGAGGGAAUUUCGAAAGAAACGAUGAGCGAUAUCAAAAAAGCUGCAAACGCCUGUAUUCUGACAACAAGUGACAAAGCUCGCACAGACUACCCGGAAAAAUUUGCCACUGCGAAAGGGAUAUUUCUCGAAAUGCUGGAUACACGGGCGAAAGUUGGUGAUUCGAACGAAUGGUUGUUUGUCUAUGUCGAUCCAUCCUUGAAACGAAAAGCGAAUGAGACGGAUAGUGAGCAGACGACACUGCAAUACUUUCGAUACGGUCAAUUAGAAUGUGGAGAUAUCCUGGCGCAAAUUGUGGAUGGUGAUCAAGAGGACAUUCCUUCUCCUACUGCUAAAGCCCUGGUGGUACCGGUGCGAUCGGAAAAACCAAAAAAGUGUGGACUCGCUGAAUUGCCCUGUCCCGGAUCCAAGCCUUUCGCAUGCUGUCCCAUGACGAAACGGUUUGAAUGGAAAUGCACCAGCUGCGAGCAAAUUUUGGAGUAUGGAUUUGACGGUCAUUUCUACUGCACUUGCGGGAAGACGCCGGUAGAAGCCUUUGUAUUCCGGUGUGGUCUUCGCAAGCAUGGAUGGGAGUACACGGGAUUCGAACAGAACGAUCUGACGUGGGUGUUGAAAGAAGUUCAACCAUAUAAGGAACUGAAUAUACUUGUUCUCGGAGAAACCGGUGUGGGAAAGUCAACAUGGAUCAACGGCUUCGCGAACUUUUUGACCUAUUCCGCACUGAACGAAGCCUUAGCCGAUCCGAUUUAUUUGAUCCCGACGCGUUUCACAACAAUGGACAAAGAUUUUGAGCAAAAGGUUGUUUCCAUGGGUUCCAGCGAUAACGAGAACGAUGUUAUUGGCCAGUCAGCUACCCAGCUGCCUAAAAGCUACGCCAUCCGACGCGGAGGAAUGAUUGUCCGGCUCAUCGAUACACCGGGGAUCGGAGAUACUCGUGGCACGGAACAGGAUAAACGAAACUUCCAGUUCAUUAUGCAGCAUCUGUCCAAUUUCGAGAACAUUCACGGAAUCUGUAUCUUACUGAAACCGAACAAUUCGCGUCUGACGGUCAUGUUUCGUUUCUGCAUCAAGGAGCUGUUGUCGCAUUUGCACCGUGACGCCUGUCACAAUAUCGUGUUUGUCUUUACCAAUGCGCGGUCCACCUUCUACCGACCGGGCGACACCUUUCCGAUUCUGCAAAAGCUGAUAAAAGAGUCACAAGGUGUGGACAUUCCGUUGAACCAGAGUACGGUAUACAGUGUCGAUAGUGAGGCGGUCCGUUUUAUGGCCGCUCUGAAAUCCGGGAUACAAUUCGACGAAACGGAGACCCAGAAUUUCUUCAAGAGCUGGGAGAAAUCUGUGGAAGAGACUGAACGUUUACUGCAACACGUGUCGACCAGAAAACCGCAUGCGCUGCAAAACACGCUGUCUCUUAACGAAGCGCGGCGGAUGAUACUGUCCUUCACCGAACCGCUAGCGCAAAUCACGAAGAACAUUCAGUUAAACUUGAAACUGGCUGAUGAAAAAGCAGAAGAAAUCCGUGAAGCGCAAUAUACCAAAGCGCAGCUUAGCCAGCAGCUCUACGUGCCGGUCAUCGAUCUAGUGACGAAGCCGUUAGGGUACCCGCGAACGGUUUGCGCGUCUCGGUCCUGUAUACGAGUGGUCGGCAAGAAGGUGGAUUAUAUUACUCGGUGUCAUGAGCACUGUCUUCUGCAAGGGAUUCAGCAGGAGCAAUACCCGAAUCCAGGACUGCAGAAGUGCCAAGCUAUGAUGAAAUCAGGCGGACUGUCUUGUGAACGCUGCAGAUGUUCUUGGGACAAGCAUAUGCACAUCUCGUACGAAAUGCAGGAGGUGCUAGUGAAUGAAAUGGACCAAAGAGUGCAGAAAUUGUUGCAUCAGAAGGACGGCGAGCUCAAUGCGGUGGGAAUCUUUCUGAAAGAACUCAAUCAGCGGAAACAAGACCUGGCCUAUGAAGAGAAGGAAAUCCGCAAGGUAGCUGCGAAAUUCGGCUGCUUUUUGAAAAAGAACGCCAUGAUUCCGUACAAUGACGCCAUGGAAGAAUAUCUGCACUACUUAAUCGGGGCGGAAAAGGAGAAAAUUGCUCUAGGCUGUGGCCGAGAUGGUCUCGAAGGAUACGAGAGAAUGUUACAAGGAUACCGGGAGGAGAAGCAGCUUCUGGAAGAAUCCAUGCAAGGAAGCGACAAAGACCACCCAAUUACGGCCAACAACAUUAUGGGCGCUAUCCAGUCGCUGUACAAUUUGCCCAUUAACGGGAAGAAGAUUCAGAAUUUUGUGGAGAUGAUCCAGGGUGUUCGUAAGCAGCAAGUACGAAGUCAGGAAACGUUGUAUGCACCGAAAUAUGGACGACAUGUCAGGUAUACACAGUACAAAGCCAUGCAAGAGUUCCAUGAUUACCGGCACGAUUACCAGUCCAAUAAUCCCUGGCGAGAGGCGCCGCCCUAUCGUAAUCGGCAACCUCCUUCUUACUCCGCUCCACACCAUACCGACACCUAUUAUCCUUAUGGUUACGGAGGUCCGCAAGAGCAAUAUCCACCACCACAACCACCCACGGGACCAGCGCAAAGACGACCGCCUUCACCGGAUGGCAGAAUUGGAUGGCCAACCAGAUUGUGGACGGCUGUGGGGAAUUUCGUUAAAGGGCACCCGCCUCAUUAAAAUCGCUGCUCGGUAUGGCAUACGGCGCCUCCAGCAUGCCCUCCCAAGAAAAUGUCUACAGCUCUGAAAACGAGCAGGAUCAUCCACAAAAUCGUUUACACCACGUAAAUGCAAAUCCACCGCAUCAUAGUUAUCCCAUUAUCGUACGCUCGCUUUUCGAUGUCCGGGAACACACAUGCAACAAUAAGGAAAUUGUCAGCACAAUUGUCAGCAUAAAAAAAUUGUUCAUAUACAGUACGUGCAUCUAGUUAUUGUGGUAUUCUUUCUACCCUACAGGAUAGUUCAUUUCGGCUACUGUGAAAUAACAAAUGGUUUAUGGCUGGCUAGUGAAAUCUUGUGUAAUUAACAAAACAAAAUCUAAAAUCUUUCGUAACAAAAUUUUGUGUAAU